UCGGCGGCGGCUGAGGUGAGCGCACAGAGGGGAGGGCAGGGUCGUGGAGCCGGGGACGGUCCCCUACCCCAGGGUCCACUCCUGCAGCGCUUUCGAGCCGCGUUGCGCAGCCUAGGGGCCCGGGAUGGACGUCCGGCGGGGAGCCCUUUGCAAGGGUCUCGCGGCCCCACUUCGCUCAACCUGGAGCGUGGCCUUGGCCCAGGUUUACAAUGGUGACAGUGCUCAUGGCAGGUCCCCUGUGGCGAGCUGCGGCAUUUGUGCAGAGACACAGGACAGGCCUGUUAGUGGGAUCCUGUGCUGGCCUUUUCGGGGCCCAGGUCUCACACCACCUAUUCCCAGAUCCUGUGAUCCGAUGGCUGUACCAGUACUGGCCCCAGGGCCGGCCAGCUCUGCUCUCCCCAGAGCUACAGGGGCUCUUCCAAGAGGUGCUACAGGACAUUGGUGUCCCCGCGGGCCGUAGCUAUGAGGCUUUCACUGCCUUCACCUUCCAGCCUGUGAGCGCUGGCUUCCCGAGGCUCCCCACCGGGGCUGUCGUGGGCAUCCCAGCCAGCUUCCUGGACGGCUCAUUGACCAAACCCAAUCACCCAGUGGUUGUACACGGGCAAAGAGUGAACUGGCAGAGCCCAGCAGGUGCCCGGCUGAGAGAUGCCCUGACCCUGUCCCACGAUGCCCAGAAGUUCGCCUUGGCCAAGGAAGUGGUGUAUCUGGAGAGCAGCGUGGCCGUCCUACAGGCUCUGCUGGCCCCAGCUUGCCUGGCAGGAACCUGGGCACUGGGCGUGGGUGCCAAGCAUGCACUGGGGCUCUAUGGAGGCCCCAUGAACAUACGGGCUGCUUUCAACUUGAUGGCAGCAGUGGUGGGCUUUGUGGCCUAUGCCCUCUCCACAGACUCUCUCACGCAUGCCCUGGAAGCCUGGCUGGACCGCCGCACGGCCUCCCUGUCCCUGGCCUAUGCUCGUGGUGGAGUGGAGUUCUAUGAGAAGGUUCUGUCCUGCAACACAGCCCUGCGCAGCCUCUUGGGCACCCCUGGAGAGAAGCUGUAUACGCCCAGUGGGAACGUGGUGCCCAGACACUGGUUCCGUGUCAAACAUUUACCCUACACGACCCGCCGGGAUUCGGUGCUGCAGACGUGGAGGGCCACACUCAAUGCGGGCCGCUCCUGAGGGACUCGUCACAAGGACAGGUGCCACCCCUGCAUGGACUACCCUGCCGUUGACUUUGGGGGGGAGGGUUCUCUUGGUGCCUCCAGACUCACUCCGAUAAAUCAGACUUUGGAAUUAAACAGCCUAGAUUCUAUCCUAGUCCACCACUCGUGAUCCCAGUGAGCUUGGGCAAGUCCCUUUGAAUCUGAGCCUUGGUUUCCUCAGCUGUAAAAUGGGGAUGAUGGAAAUCACUGGGCAGGAUUGUAGGGGCGGUGUGAGCUAUGAACGCAAGCACCUGGCCAAGAGGACAUCCUGUGAAGAAAUGGGGUGUCCCUCCUUGGUGUUUGAAUCCCAGCAGGCUGUGGGAGUCAGGCCACAUCUCCCCACUAGAGGUGUUUACAGGACGUGAAGAACCACCCCAUGGUUUACCUGGUGGCCUAGUCCCAAUUUUCUUCUACUGUGGUAGACGUCAAAAGCGGCCCAGGAGAGAAGCCAGUGUGGCCCUGAGAGGCUGGCAAACGGGGGAGCUUGAGAGCUUUAAGAGUGACGUGUCCAGUGAAGACAGCGUGCUCAGACAGCCCCUGGGCCUGAAUGGGAGAGGAAGUGUUGCUGGAACCUGGCGAGACCUGUGGCCGCAGGAAGAGGAAAGAACAAGCCAUUGCAAAGCUGAGGCCCUGCGGGGAGGGAGCCUGUGAAUGCACGUGACAGGUGGAGCAGACCUCACUUUUAGUCCUUGGACAGGAGGCCCCUUCCCAGGGAAGGUGGGACAAUUGUGGCCAGCACGCCAGGUUUGUUUUUAUUAUUAUUAUUUUUAUUAGUGUCGAUUAUAUUUUCCCUGGAACAGUGGAAGAAUUCGGGUCUGUUGCCAAAGUAGCUAAGGGCAGAGAGAUCAGGCCACACCCACUUGGAAGCCCGGAAGCCCACUCGUGUUGGCUGACAGUUCCCAAGGGAGGCUAAAUGGAGUGUGGGCAGGGUGAGGUGGCUUGUCUUCCUGCUGUGUCCUUCACGGUGGCUGGAGAGGGGCGCUCUGGCUCACUGGGCUAGCCUGUGGGCCCCCGCGUCCGGCCUGGGCACACACUUGAGUGCGCAGGUGGAGGGAUGAGUCUGUGAGUGGGUGAACACACAUCCACUCUGGGAAAUACCUCUUCAAGGGUCCCCUCAAGUUGUCCCUCAGCUGCUGCCCCCGUGUAUGACUGUGUGAUCUGGGCUGGAGACACGUGGUUUGGGGUCUGGAUUUGGUGAGCUCCCUCCAAUGACCACUCCCCACCCCAGCUACUUUCGAUACUAUAGGAGCAGCAGCCCACACCCCCAGAACAGUCCUGCACAGACUUCGAAGUAGGCAACAGAAGGCUCCAUCAACACACCGAGACAUACACGUACACACACACACACACACACACACACACACACACAUACACACAGCUGGAAUGUAGGAAAGGGAGCCUCAGCCAUGCCAUCAUUGGCUCUGCCCAUUCCUGACACUAGCAGCCCUGACUCAUCCCCAUCAGCCAGUAUCCAUGGCGCCAUGUCCCAUGUGGCCAUGCCUGUGGCGAUGCAUGCACGUGGACCCCUCAUCCCCAAGUGUGAGUGUACGUGUCACAGGCUGGGGCUGGAAGAGAUGUGUGGAUCCCCAGUGAGGCCUCCUUCUCCCUGCACCCCUACAGCAAUGUUUAGAGGGCCUCUCCUGUGUACUGGACCCCGUGCUAGGGUCUUGGAACCCGUUUUCAUUUAUCCCCAAAUUAGAACAGGAAGUUGGUGAUGUUACUUCAAUUUUACAGGCAAGAAGAUAGCACAGAGAGGUGAAGACAUGGGCCCCAAACCACAAAGCUUUGACAGAACAAGGAUUCAAAGUCAGCAGUCUGGCUCCAAACCCUUGGUUUUCAUGGUCCUGGUUAUCCUGAGGAUCUUGUGGUGUAGACUUGUAACCUCGACAGCCUGUCUCCCCUGCAGGUUAGAGGUGACUUCCCAGCAUCACUUCUCAUCGAGAGAAAAUGGUCACUAAGCAGAGCUUUCUGGAACUUCCAGGGGAGGCCGUCUCAGCUAACUGAAGAGGAAAGGGCCACCCAGUUUAUCAUAUUUGGCGCUGAGGUGAGAAUGGAGUGAAAGGACCAAGCUUUAUAGGGACCUCAGAGGCUCCACUGAGGACAAGGUUACCUUAGGAAGCAGAGAGAGGUCACAGAAAUGGAUGGCCUGCUGUGGGUUCAAAUGCUAGCCCUGCCACUUUAGCAGAGUGACCUUGAACAGGUGCUUUCACAUCUCCAUCCCCAAGUUUUUUAUUAAAUGGCGAUAUUAGUAUGUAGCUUACAGUAUUUUGAUAAUGAAAGUGAAAUAAAGUUUACAAAAUGUGACACCUGGUAAGAGUAUAUAGUAAACUUUAAAAGAAGGUUGGUUUGCAGGCGCCUGGGUGGCUCAGUCGGUCAGGCGUCUGACUGUGG